GGAGACGCCAUGCUUGCUGCAAAGCCAACCACUCAUUGUUCUCGAACUUCUGCGGGCAUCGGAUGACAUGACGUGCUGGUACAGUACAACUCUGGGUUGUGCCUUUUCAUGAACCUUUUGCUUACGGAUACGCGACAACAUAGGCAAGGUACAGUACUGUGCUUUUAGAAAGCAAAGGAAUUGCUCACCGCCGUGAACUGUUGUGCACCCAAUACAACGUUGUCCGGCAGUUGCAGGAUCGCGGGGCCAAUUGAGUCGGCGGGGAACGCAACAGAGCUGAUUCCAUUCGCUCGCUCGGGUAAGCAAGGCGAGUCGGGGUGCAGGUGUCGAAGCUUUGCCGUCUUACCUGCGAUCGGGCCGAGUCGGGUGAGACAUAGGUUGUUGCCGGCGACGUGCAGACGGAGAGCGAGGGAUGCGAAGCCUGCGAAGCCUUUGAGUCCGAGUGCUGCGUCGACACUCGCAAUUCGUGCAAUGGGUGCCCCUGAGGCCCCCGAGGCCCCCGAGGCCCCCAAACCCGGCGCCGACCCGGAGAGGCCGGUCCACAUCGUCUUCGUCGGCGCCGGCGCCGUCGGCUGUUUCUACGCCUCACGCCUGCACCAUCCGUCUCACAACAUCCAUGUCUCACUCAUUGCCCGCUCCAACUACAAGGCGCUCGCUGAGCACGGCGUCCAGCUGCAGACCCGCACCUUCGGCAACUACACCUUCCGCCCGCACGCCGUGUUCCCCUCGGUCGCCGCCGCCGCGACCGACCCGGGGCCGUCGGGCGCCGGCCCGCACGGCUGGGACUUCAUCAUCGUGACCACCAAAGCACUGCCCGACCGCUCCGACGACAGCGCGCUGAUCGCGCCGCUGGUCGGCCCGCGCUCGUGCAUCGUGCUGAUCCAGAACGGCGUUGGCGUCGAGGAGCCCUACCGCGCCCGCUUCCCGACCACCCCCAUCGUCAGCGCCGUCACCGUCAUCUCGGCCGAGCAGACCGCCCCGGGGACGGUGCGCCAGAACCGCUGGACCCGCAUCCACCUCGGGCCCUACUCCAACUCGGCUUCCUUCUCCUCCUCGCCCGCCGAGCCCGUCCUCCCGCGCGGCGACGACACCACCGGCGCGCUGUCCCCGACCGCGUCCGCCGUACCCUCCUCCCCCUCCUUCACCUCCUCCCCGCGCAACAACAGCAACGACCCCACUACCGCCGCGCCGCUCGACAUCCCCGCCCUCCAAGCAGCCGGCGCUGCGCGCGCGGCCCAGCUCGCCGACUGGUGGACGCGGCUGGGGGGGCUGCGCGACGCGCUGGUGGCGGACGAGCUGGGCCUGCAGACGCUGCGGUGGCACAAGCUGUGCAUCAACGCGGCGUUCAACCCGGCGGCGGUGCUCUCGGGCGGGCGCGGCAACGCCGACAUGGCGCGCGACGCCGAGCUGCGCGCCCACCUGGCCGGCGUCAUGCGCGAGAUCUGGGAGGAGGCCGCGCCCGCCGUGCUCGGCCGGCCCUUCCCGCCCUCCAUGGCCGGGCCCGAGCGCAUCCUGGCCAGCACCGAGCGCAACGUCGGCAGCAAGCCCAGCAUGCUGCUCGACUGGGAGGCCGGCCGGCCCCUGGAGAUCGAGGUCAUCUUGGGCAAUCCCAUACGCAUCGCCAGGGCCAGGGGCGUCGAGCUGAGGCGGCUGCAGACUGUUUAUGCGCUGGUGAAGAGUAUGCAGGAGAUGAGGGACAGGAGGAAGAAAGAGGAGAGGGCAGGGGAGGAGGGGACGGUGAAGAGCAAGUUGUAAGGGGGGUGUUUGGCGGGAGUCGGGGGGAUGUAGAUACCGGUUGAUGUUGAGGCAGCAUGUAAAGUAAAUCUCGCUGUACCUUUGUCUGAUGAGGCGGCGGGCGCUCCAUGCUCAGCAGCUGCAAUCUUGGUGUGCGAUUGGCAAAGUAGCAAUGUGGUGUCUCGGCUGCAAAUCAUCACCUGAACAUACGGAUCACCUGAG